AGCACUUGGGGGCUGGCAUUUGGUGGGUGCUGUCAGCUGCCUGGCAGCGGGACCCCACUGGCCUACUAUUGAAGGGUUUCUGCAUUGCUGUCAUUCCUGCUGGGGGUAGCUGAUAGCACCACUGAAAGGUAAGACAGUGGCUCUCUGCUUUGUCCACACUCACAUACAGCAUUUAAAGUAAGUUUUGUUAGAAUUUGCAGUGUGGAUAAUGUUUGUGAUGUUAUUGUCUUGCCAUCUGUGGACUAUGUGUCGUCACCGAGGGUCUUGACCACGUUUCAAACAGCUGAGAAGAUGUCCGGAGGAAUCUUCACCAGUUUGGAUCAUCAGUAUAACGUGGACUGCACGAGCGUCCACCCCCUCAUGUGUCACCUGUGUCACGAGCAGUACCAGUCCCCGUGUCUGCUGGACUGCUACCACAUCUUCUGUGCCCGCUGCCUGCGAGGCCGGACCAGUGAUAACCGUCUCAGCUGCCCCCUCUGUGGAUAUCCAUCCAUUGUAAAAGGGAAUAAUGCCCUCCCACCUGAAGACCGUCUGCUCAGGUUUCUUGUUGACAACAAUGGGGACACAGAGGAGCCAGUCCCAUGUGCCAACUGUGACCAGGAAAGUAACAAAAAGGAAACCGGACUGAUGUUCUUCUGUAAUACCUGCAGCCAGCCACUGUGCGGCGACUGCAAGGAGCUGACUCACAAGGCCAGAAUGUUUUCCCAUCAUGAGAUUGUCACCUUGGCCAAACGCACUAAAGCCAAACACAAGAAGUGCUCUCUCCACGAGGAGCCGUACAUCCUCUUCUCAACGGAGAACAAGUCAAUGCUUUGCAUCAAGUGCUUCAGAGACAUGCAAGUGGAGAGUCGGACUCACUGCAUUGAUAUUGAAACAGCCUACAUGCAGGGCUGUGAGAUGUUGGACCAGGCUGUGCUGGUGGUGAAGGAGCUGCAGACUUCAGCCCGGGAGGCGAUCGUCCUGCUGAGAUCAAUGAUAGGAGAAGUGUGUCUGAAUGUGGAGGAAGAGGAGAACGCGAUCUGCAGCCUCUUCAACAGUCUGCAGGAAAAACUAGCAGAGAGGAAGAAGAUUCUGCUGAAAACAGCUCAGAGUCAACACGAGGAGAAGGAGAAAGCACUGAAGGAGCAACUGUCACAUCUUACUGCGCUUUUACCGACCCUCCAGGUUCAUCUCGUCACAUGCUCGGCCUUCCUCAGCUCGGCCAACAGGUUUGAGUUUCUGGACAUGGGCUACCUAAUGGAGCGGCUGAAGAGGAUCGUGAAGCUCCCUCAUCGCCUGAGGCCGGUUCAGAGCAGCAAAAUCAACACAGACUACCGGAGCGAGUUCGCCCGCUGCCUGGAGCCCAUGCUGCUGCUGGGGCCGCGCUGCCCCCCCUCUGUGGCCGGAUCUAUAAGUGUUGCAGCAAGGCUCCAGUCGCCUCUCUCCAUGUCCUGCCGCUCCCCGUCUCUCAGCGAGAUGCCUCUGGGCUCGGUGCUGGGGCGAAGGCCGACGUCUCAUCGCAACAUCUGCACCAAGGUCCUGCUGGCCGAGGGAAGGGAGACGCCCUUCACCGAGCACUGUCGCAACUAUGAGAACACCUACAGGACCCUCCAGACGGAGAUCCAGAAUCUAAAGGACCAGGUCCAGGAGCUGCACCGAGACCUGACCAAGCACCACUCCAUCAUAAACACAGAGAUAAUGGGCGAGGUCCUGGACAGGUCGCUGCACAUCGACAGCCAGAUCGCUGCCCAGUACUCCACUGUGGAAACCGUGAGGGUCGUGUUUGAAGAGAUCUGGGAGGAAACUUUCCAGCGGGUCUCUAACGAGCAGGAGAUCUAUGAAGCUCAGCUUCUGGACCUGAUGCAGCUGAAGCAGGAGAACUUCUCCUUAACCACCAUCGCCAAACAGAUCAGCCCUUACAUCUUAUCCAUCGCCAAGGUCAAGGAGAGACUGGAGCCCAGUUUUCAGGAGCCGAAGGAGCAACGUGACGACCGCACAGAAACGAUGCUGAAAAUCUACGAAGACGGCUCGACACCCAAGGGCGGUCACGACAGUGACAACCAGACGUGUGUCGCCGACCAAGACAGAGACAAGAACCACCGUCCACUGGUCCUGGAAUCAGGGGACAGCUCAGUCAAGGCCGAUCAUCCAGGCAGGCCGAGGGGGGGCCCCACGGAGACGUCCAGCCACAAUGACAUGUCUUCAUAAACACCGUGUCAUUAGAUUUCUCACCCCCCCACCCCCUCUCCCUCCCCUCUCCCCGGCCCUGUGGAGCUAUGGACCUGACUUCAGCUGCAACGAGCCCAGGAUGGUUUGUGACUUCUUCUUCUGUCACGUUUCCUCAGCAGCUGUCAACGGCUCCAAAGUGAAGGCGACUGUGACUGGCACACGCGGAGGUCAAGGAGUCGUGGAGCUGUCACGAGGAGAAAAGCCUCCUCGCUCCGAGCGGGCGGAGAUCACAAUAUCGGAAACAACGCGUUGACGUUAUAAAAAAAACCACGGACGGCUGUAACGAGAGAACAAUCUUACUUCUCCAGACUGUUUGUGUUUGGACUGUUAAAAUGAUGAAGUGUGCCGGGGGUGGGACCGAUCGCUCCCUUUUGUCUUUUCAUCUACAGUGGGUGUAGAAUUGUUUUUUUUGCCGUAUCUGUUCUUUGCAUAUAAAA